AUGCUCAGCAAGACGGUCUGCGCGCUGUGUGUGGCAGCUGUGGCGUUCUCUACCGGCGCCGUAGACGCAUCGGCCGAGGUGGCCCAGACUUACGGGCGGCUCGCCCACGACAGCUACGGCAGACCGGACGCCUACGGAAGGACUGCCAGCACGUACGGUAGGGUCAACGACGACGCUGUCAGACACAACAACGGCGGAUACGGCCAGCCGGUUAAUGCGUAUGGCCGACGCAGUGAUUCCUACGACAAGGUGGAUGACGACGCCAAGCGCAAUCGCAUCUACGGCCAGCCUGUGCACAACUACGACCGCCCCAACACUGGUUACAACAACAAGGUCGAGGACGACGCCGACAAGCGGAACCGCGUAUAUGUGGACGACGAUGCCGUCAAGCGCAACAACGGCGCAUACGGCAAGGUGGACGACGACACGAAGCGCAACGGCGUAUACGGCAGAUCUGCAAACAACUACGGCCGCCCCAGCACUGUGUACGGCAGGGUGGAUGACGACACCACCAAGCGCAACGGCGCGUACGGUCGGCCCGCCAAUCGCUACGGAGACGCAGCGCCGAGCACGGGCGUCUACGCCGGCGCGCCUGCCAACAAUGGUGCUGGCGGUAACGCGGGCCCAGACGUGAAUGCGGCGGAUACGGGUGUGUAUGGCGGUGCGAAGGGCGUUUCAGCCGACGCUACUACUGCGGCAGCCGCCACGCCUGCUGCCGCUGCUGCUCCGACGGGCAAGGCCGACGUGGGCGUCUCGCAGAACGCGGACCCCUCACAGGCAACGCAAACGGCCUUGCAGACUGGCAAUUACCGCCGCUUGCGCGCGUAA